AUGAACAAAAAAAAAGGAAAAUAAAAAAUAGACUAAUUAAAAAAAAUACAUCUGAUAGAUCUUGAAAAUUAUAAUGCUUAAUAAAUUUAAGAUUUGAAAGAAGUUUCUCUAAUUUAGAAAGAAAUUAGAUUUUACGUUGGUAACCUAUAUAAAAAGUUUGCAAUAAAUCUGAGACCUUUUAAUGAAUAAGAUGCAUAACAAUUAUCAUAAGAAAUUAGUUAACUUUUCAAUAAAAUUGAGAAACUUCAAAUAGUAAUUAUGGAUGAUAAUUUUGAGCUAAAAUACCUUUAGUUGAUUGGAAAUGCUAUUUCAUAGUGCUAAAAUUUAAUACAUUUAAAUAUAUUUAUCAAUGGUAUCAAGCAUAUUUAUUGUGAAGAAGGCUAAAUAAGUGAUUAUGUCAUUUUUACUUAAUAAAUCUCAUAAUGCAAAGAUAUUUAAUACUUAAAUCUACUCUUUGAAGAAGGCUAUAUUGAUGACCAAAUCUGCUUUUAAAUGCUUAAAAGUUUGUAAAGCCUUCCUAAACUUAGCCAAAUUGUAUUAAAUUUAGUUGAAAAUCCAUUAGAUAUUUCUUAAGAUGAUUGGCAAUAAUUUAUUUAGACUUUUACAGGAUUUCAUAAUUUAAAUUAUCUUGUAAUAUGUUUCAAUGGUGAGUAAACUAGUAAGUUUAUGAAAAUGUUAGCAUAACGCUUUAAAAAAGUAAUUAAAAAAUUGAUCCAUCUUAGGCUUUCAUGGAUGGAUUGA